AUGUCCGCAUCCCCAGUUGCAAGGCAGGCCACUCACAGCCAGGUGAUACCCUCCAGGAGCGUACUAAUUACGGACCCCUCUCAGAUGCCCGAUGUUUACUCCAGCACACCCGGAGGCACCGUAUAUUCUACUACUCCAGGAGGUACAAGAAUUGUGUACGAGAGGUCGUUUAUGAUGGCGCUGAGACAGUCACCGAUCUCGCAAACCCCACCGAAAUGCGCGCUACCGGCGUCGCUGCUGAGGAAUCCCAGUUCCGUCCCUAAUGUUAUACACUCAACUGCAGCUCAAAAGCCACGUUCCAAUUCCAUUUCAUUCGACGAGUCACAGGAAACCUUUAGUAUGGAUCUCUAA